AGGAGAUAGUGAGCCAGCAGAGAUAUUGGUAGAAGCUUUAUUGGUGGACACCCUGCAGUGACACCCCCCCCACAGAGCUUUUUUUUCUUGUGGUUAAGUGUGUCGUGCACGCGCAGGAGCAGCUGUCAUUGGGUCGAGGCGCGUGCCCGCACGCUGCAUAUAGCGAGACUAUCCUGUUUGAAGAUUAUGCUGCAGCUCCUGGCCAUCUUGUAUCAGACAGGAUGAGACUCUGAAAAAAAAACCCGACGAGCUACAGGAGCGUCUUUUUUUGACAGGCGAAGACACACAAAGGCAAAAAAAGCCUCGUCUGCUGCCGCUGUGUGUGCUGAGAACAUACGGGUUGUGGAUUAUUCCGAGGACAUCGUACUGAAACCAUGAGCUGGGGGUCAGAGCUAUGGGAUCAGUUUGACAACUUGGAGAAGCAUACACAGUGGGGGAUCGAGUUUGUGGAGAAGUACACCAAAUUUGUCAAGGAGAGAUCAGAGAUUGAAACCAACUAUGCAAAACAAAUUAGGAAUUUAUCAAAGAAAUAUCAGCCCAAGAAGAACUCACGAGAAGAGGAGGAGAGCAAGUACACCUUCUGUAAAGCCUUCCUGACGACGCUUAAUGAGUUAAAUGAUUACGCAGGUCAACACGAGGUUAUAGCGGAGAACUUAACGUCUCAAAUCAUCGGCGAGCUUACACGCUACCUGACAGAACUCAAGGCUGAGAGGAAAUCGCACUUCCAUGAUGGGCGCAAGGCACAGCAGCACAUUGAGAGCUCGUGGAAACAGCUGGAAUCGUGUAAAAGAAGGUUUGAGAGGGACUGCAAAGAAGCAGACAGAGCACAGCAAUACUUUGAGAAGAUGGACGCUGACAUUAACGUGACUAAGGCUGACGUGGAAAAGCGAAGUUCCCAUAAGGCACGGCAGCAAGCUCAGAUGAGGCACCAGAUGGCUGCUGACAGUAAGGGCGAUUACUCCUCCUACCUGCAAAAGUUCAACCAGGAGCAGAAUGAACAUUACUACACAGUUAUUCCCAACAUAUUCCAGAAACUUCAGGACAUGGAGGAGAGAAGAAUUGAGAGGAUAGGAGUGUGCAUGAAGACAUUUUCAGACGUGGACCGUCAAGUGUUGCCCAUUGUUGGGAAGUGUUUAGACGGAAUGACAAAAGCUGCUGAGUCCAUCGAGCCCAAGACCGACUCGAAGCAGGUGGUGGAGUCCUAUAAGUCCGGGUUUGAGCCCCCGGGAGAUGUGGAGUUCGAGGACUAUGGCCAAACCAUGAAGAGAACGGCGUCUGACACCAGCCUGUCCAACUCCAGAGAGGGCAAAGAGAAGCCUGCUGGCAAGAGCAAGGGCAAACUGUGGCCUUUCAUUAAGAACAAGAACAAGCUUAUGUCCCUGUUAACGUCCCCCCACCAGCCCCCACCUGCCCCCCCAGCCUCAUCCCCGCCCUCACCCUCUGCUGUUCCCAACGACCCCCAGUCUCCCAAGCAGCACAAGGAGCCCCUCUCCCACCGCCUCAACGACUUCAUGACCUCCAAACCCAAAAUGCACUGCCUCCGGAGCCUGAGGCGAGGGCUUUCUCUCAAGCUGAUCACACUCAAUUCCCAAGUCCGGAAUCUCAUUGAGGGUUCUGGACCAGAGGACUUCAGUCACCUACCACCAGAGCAGAGGAGGAAGAAGCUGCAGGGCAAGCUUGAUGAACUGAAUAAAGACAUUCAAAAGGAGAUGGACCAGAGGGACGCUCUUACUAAGAUGAAAGAUGUGUAUGUGAAGAACCCUCAGAUGGGAGACCCAGCCAGCGUAGACCCCCGGCUAUCAGAAAUAGGCCAGAACAUCGAGAAGCUCCAGUUUGAAGUUCAGAAAUUUGAGGGCUGGUUAGCAGAAGUAGAGGAGAGGAUGCCAUCUAAGAGUGAUUCACACCGGAGAAGUGGACUCUAUGAGACCCAGAACAACACAACAGUGAGCAACAACUGUGCACAGGACAGAGAGAGCCCGGAUGGCAGCUACACAGAGGAGCAGAAUUCAGAGACUCAGGUCAAAGCCAACCCCAACCCCAACCCAAACCCCAACCCCAACCCCACCUCCAGCACGCCGGAGUUUGAUGAUGAGUUUGACGACGAGGAGACCCUGCCCACCAUCGGCACCUGCAAAGCCUUGUACCCCUUUGAAGGUCACAACGAGGGCACUAUCUCCGUGGCCGAGGGCGAGCUGUUGUACGUCAUAGAGGAAGACAAAGGAGACGGCUGGACACGAGUGCGAAGGAACGAGGAUGAGGAGGGAUACGUCCCCACAUCCUACGUUGAGGUCUUUUUGGAAACAAAUGCCAAAGGUGCUAUGACAUACAUUUAACUCGGCAAGUUUAUGCUCUGACAGUUUUAUGUUACUGUGAGUCAGUAAGUUUCCAUUCACGUGCUAAACGAGCAGCGCAAGUUACAGAGAUUAAAGAUUGUUACUGGUAGCUCAGACACACACAUUUCCUGUCACUCCAGAAGGAAGGACCAAUCAGAUUUGUCCAUUGUGCCUCAUGACAGUUGGAACAGUUGUUGGCAGAUUAAGACUACUCUCGAGCUUUGAACGAAACAUUUGGUGAUAAGAAAUUACACUGAAUGUGAGCUGAGCCUGUCAGAAGUUGCAUAUAUGAAAUGUGUGAAAGAAGCUGUAAUUGCUCACCUCAUGUUCACUGUAGUGCCACCUAGUGGUCAUACGAAAUUAGACAUUACGCCCUCAGUCAAAGCUCAGCAUCAUGGGACAAAUCAGCUGCUGGCAAUGAUCAUCUGUACCUGACUUUCUUUUAAAUUAUUUUUUAGUUAAGAUUUUUAAAAUGACAGAUUACCAUAUUCAACUCUAAAAAAAUUUAAUCAAGAGUUUUAUCCACGUCUUUGGUUAAAUAUUUGAAUCGUUGAGGUGAUAAAUCCAGUGAAUGUAUGCCCCAUCCGAAGUGACAACGAGCAUCAAGUGAAAGUAAAUCAUUGCGCAACUUGUUGUGUUGUGGUCACUUGUUGUACCCAAAAGGAACGCAUGCUCGAUGUGCAAUCAUGUAAUUUAAACCUGCUGUAAAAUAUGGAUACAUAUCAAGAGAUAUUUUUGUAGGAAAUAAAAGAAAGAUUGUGGCCCUGCCCCUCAAGUGUUGCAUGCUGUACAUUGAUUAUAGUGCUGUUACAACGAGUUAUUAUUCUCCCCUGUAAGGGUGAAUUUUAUAAAAUUCUUAAUCAAAUUAGUGACAGAAUUAGCCCCCCGUUGAAAUGAUGUUUUUUCCUUUUUAAUUUACUUUUGAUAAUGAUAGUGUUGGGCUGUUGUGGUCCUUUUUUCCAGGCCAGUGGUAAAGACACGAGGGACUGAGAAUUAGCAGUAUUAAGCUGUAUAUGGUGAGGCUGGGCUGAGAUAUGGAGCUGGUCAUGGCUUUAAAGCUUUGUGGUUUCUUGCAUGGGUCUUUGAGCAGCACCUGUGUGAAUGUUCACGGUAAACGCAUGGUGUGUUUGGCCUGUAUGUCGUUUCACUUAUUCUGUGCUCCCUUUCAAGAUUUGACGUCGUCUCUGAAAUCAUCUCUUUCAUAAAUCAUUAACUUUCUUUCAUAGUUUUAAUCAGCUUUGAUGGUGUGUUAGCGGCACAGCAUGGGGUUCUUAUCUGCAGGGUUUCAGUUUACACCUCCUGUAAUUUUUACCGAAAAGCAUUUCACAUGAGGCGCAUGCUGCAGCGUUUGUGGGUGUUUUGUCGUGACAGGAUUUCAGCAUGUUGUGACAAAGUACACAGGCUGCAUUUAGAUGAAAAUUGAAGUGGAACAAGCUGAAAGAUUCUUUGUCAAACAUCUUUCAAUCACACUUGAUGUGCAGAUUACAUUCAUCCCGACAGUGUUGUCAGUUUAAAGUAGUUUCAUGCAGGCAAUGACCUCCUCUCCAUAUCUGAAUAUUUGGAUUGCUAUCUUGUCCUUGAUUUUCCUUUAAAGCUAACUUUUCUUUUUGUCAUUUUUUUUUUUGUUUGUUUGUAUUUCCUUUUUUUGAAUUGCAGAUUCCUAAAAGUGUGAGGCUGGCUGAGGAAUGGCAGGGCAAGCAGCCUCGGAGAAACCACCAUGUUCCUCACACGCUCACAGAAUCAGAGAAAAGUGAAAGAUGACCUGAAUCUAAAAGUGAGAGAGAGAGACGGCCGAUUAGAACGCAGCUGAAUUUUCCAAACACAAAAAAACACAGCUUAUCGGCAGUGUUGCGCUUCAUCUGCAGAACUCUGCGAUGCGAAGCGACGAUAAGAGAAAUCCAUCCAAAUUCUAGCGCUCAUUACUUUUUCCAUUCUUAACACCCAUUCAGCAGUCGCAGUAUACGAUUUGCUUCAUGUUGUUUUUCAGCAACGCUUCGCUUCUUAAUGUAACUAACUCCGCUUGCACCACACGUGGUCAUGAACGAGGCUGUCGGCUUCCUCAGCGUCCCCGUCCCCCACCCUCCUUGGCUCUCUCUUUUCCCUUACCUUUGCCCCGUGACACACACACACACACACACACACACACACACACACACACACACACACACACACAAACAUAUGGCAGAGGGUGUGGUCAGAGACAGGACGGAGACCAGCAGGAGCCCACGGACGAAACACCCGCUGGAUGAAGCCACGUGAGGGUCAUGAAAUUCACUCGCUCGCUCAUUUACUCGAGAGAUGAAUCAUCCACUUUUGAGGCCGUGAGGACCUCAUUUUCACCCUUUUCUCACUAAAAUCAGCUCCGUAUUUGCAGGUUUCAGCCAACUGGAAACAGGAAGUGAAGGUGCUAAUCAUCUGUGUUCAGCUUCUGCCUUGUUUGAACUCAAUGAAUCUUGUGUGUUAUAAUAAAGUCCACUUUUCUCCCCACCGUAAUCACUCCCACAUCCACAUCCACAUCCAGGACCGGCUGGAGGGGAAAAAGCGAUGGAUGAUGGAGGAGUCUGAAUCAUCCACUAUCACUCAUGCAACAAAUUCCUGUCAUGUCACUGGUGUCUUGUUCCUCUCUCUGACCACACCCCCUCCUCACCUCCUCGGCCCUUCCCUCCUCAGGCGGCACAGGCUAUCCCUUGGCUGCUCUGAGCCCCUUCCUUUUUGUUUUUUUGUUGGUUUUUUUUUGCAACAGCUCGGGGCGGGGGUCUCUCAGCGUUGUGGUGUGCUGCAUGCUUGCCCUGUCUUCCUCCUCGCCCCUCUGCUGGCGGCUCGGAGGAGGCGGUGGGGGUGUUAAGUCAGCUUACGCCUCCUGCCUCCAGCCUUCCUGUUCAGUUAACCCUCAUUGCCUGGUCAUACUGUUUGAAUUAACCUGAAUGCUACUGUUUGGGUUCGGUGCCUGUGGUUCUUUUUUAAAAUUUUUUUUUAAUUAAUUUAAAUCUCUUUUCUGUUGUUGGUUCAGAAAGCAUGUUUCCCUGUUUUUAACAGCAAGUGUGAUCUCCUCCUCCCAGUGUUCCCAACAUAAUCACAAAACAGUAAAAGGACAAUAGGGACCCGAAAUGUUGUUUUUCUGAAUGAUCUUCUGCAUAGAUAGGUCGUGGAUGUCUUGUGCAUUUGUUUUACUGUAAGUACAGUAUGUAUGUGAGAAAAAAAUGUUAGUUUGGUAUGUUUUGAUCAGAGUGUCUAACGCAAGUUGUUGUUAGUUUACAGUUAUUCCUUGUGGAAAUGUCUCCACUCGGUCCAAGCAACCCAAAAAUAUGAGGAUAUGAUUUACACCUGAUGUUUUUUGUUUUUUGUUUUUUUUUUCAAUAGUCCACCUACUAUCUACUGUAUAUGAAAAUAUACUGUGAUCCACAUAUUUCCUGUGAGUUGAAAUGUGACAACAUGCAGACCAUCACCUGUUCUGGGCCUUAACCGGGUUUCUGUUCUCACUGAGAGAGAGAAUGAUGCUGGUGUUAGCUGUGGUAAAGUGGGAGGAUUAAGAUGUGAUUAUCUCGGAGGGGGGGCACAUUUUAAGUUUUCAUAAUCAAGAAACUGUCAGUCUAGAGAAAUUAUGUCCACUGAUUUCCCCCCUGCUCAACGGCACAUAAUGAUUUAACAUUUUUAUUUUAUAUUUGAUGAUGUUGAGUGAAGAUUCUUUUUUCUUUUUUUUAAGCUGGAAAGUUCUGUUGUUGCUUAUUCUACCUGAAUAGGACUAAAAUCCCGUAACUGCAAUCAUGAGUAACAUUUACACUGUUGUGUGUUUUGGAUGAAGCCAUUGAAUAUUCAUCUAACGCAGAAUUUUACGAACACUUCCCACAUGGAGGGACGAUGUGUGCCAUGAUCAUUUGGACUCUUGAUGGAAGGAAUGAUCGAAUCCCUGCUGAAGUUUUAAAGUAACGCUUUCCCCCCCUCUCAUCGCUUCACAUUGCCAAGAUGUCGAACAGGCCGCUUUUUUUUUGUUAAAUUGUUUCUGAGUGAUGAAUGACAAGAUAAAUCCGAUGAGGCAGAGAUCACCGCUUCAAUAGCAGCAGUAGCUUUACGGUAGCCAUCUGCCUGCCAGUGCUCUGAAAUGAGAAAACCACAAACCUUUUAGUCGAUGCCCCAGAAUAACCUGCCUGUACAGUGGAAAUGAAACGGUGUGUCGGAAUUAGAGAGAAUAUAUAUGAAUAUAUAAAUAAAGUUUAAAAAGGAAAACAUCUAUUUUAACUAUUGAGAGUCUUACCAUUACUUUAUCUGCUUUGCAAAGUAAGACUUCUUUUCCUUUGUAAGGUCUACCAAAUGGUGUGUUUUGCACUUUUUCGUUUGUGUUCCAUUUGGUAGCCCAUGCUUGUGUUUUGGAGCACUCAAUACUUUGUAUUGUGUUUACUGUGCCAAUUAAAUAUGCCUGGAAAGUAAA